GUAACAAGUUGCUUUCAUGCGACCUUCGGAUUUCGUGAUGCUCAUUUAAAACUGGCGAUGCGGCAUGGUUUCGACAGUUUAUUUUGCCCAUAGUCACAAAAUUUAGUCUUUUUAUUCAAUGUUCAAUAGGUUAUACAGAUUUAUUGACACAAAGGCGUUGUAUUAGAUCUGAAGUGAAAUGUUUUUAGUGUUACUACUUGGCAAAGUGUCUAUUAUUUGCAAAUACUAACACUCAAAGUGCAAUAUUCAACUGUCUUUUAGUGUGUUUAGCAUAGUUCCUAGUUAUCAUUGCUGAGUUGGUUCACUAAAGCUCCUUAAUUUACCAUUGGCUUCAACUGGAGUCAAUUUUUUUCUAUAUCUCAACUACAAGCUGUAAAAAUAUUAUUCUCGGUGUGUCGGGCAUCUUGAUUAUAAUUUAUGAUGGAUCCUUCUGAUCAACUGAAUCUCAAGAUUGGUCUGGAUGGCAUCAGUUGUACCGACUUCACGAUUGUUGGUGAUAAGGUUCUACUUGCAGUCGGGACAUGUAAUGGAAGAAUUCGCAUAUUUGAUUAUAUGGACCGAACAAAGGCGUUACUUCAGAAACGUUGGCAUAAAACUAUUCGAUGCUUGUCUUUUUUCCCUAAAACUCAAAAUUUAUUAAUUUCGGCUUCCAGUCAAAGUGGCUUGAAAGUACACGAUGUGAUUUCUGAAAAACAAACUUGGGCGUGUUUUCAAGCUCAUGAAAAAUCACCAAUAUCUAGUGUUUUGGUUCUAGAACAUGGACAGUGGGUUACAGGUGAUGAAAAUGGAGUUAUCAAAGUAAUUCGUUAUCUUUUGUAUACUUUAUUUACAUGACUUGAUGGAUUGGAUUUUGUUUCAGAAUUUUGCAACCAGCCGAUUGAUUAACCAUUUGUCAUGGUCAACUUUGGUAAUAUAUUUGGCAAUAAUAAUAAUGAUAAAUUAUUAUUAUGCUACUCAAUUAAUCACUUACAGAUGUGGGAUGCAAGGAAGUCAGGUCCAGUUUCAGUCAUGACUCCAGAUAUUGAAAACACAUUUGAUGAUUUUUUCAAUUCUAUCAAUGAAAUGGCUAUAUCAUCGAAUGAUUCUCAUGGAACUUUGUUAGCCGCAGUUGAUGAUGGAACUUUAGCAGUGUAUAAUAUACGACGUCGGCGUUUUGAAAUGUCUUCAGAAACACUUGGAUUUAGUGCACGUACCUUAACUGUUGUUAAAAAUAAUACAAAAGUUCUUGUUGGUACAGAUGAAGGCGUGAUUUCUGUAUUCAGUUGGAAUGAAUUCGGAAAUAUAUGCGAUCGUUUUCCUAUACAUCCUCUUCGACCAUCUAAACAAGGUCAGGCUAGAACAGCUGUUUCCGGUGGAAUUUCUGUAGAGAAAAUAGUCAAAAUUACAGAAGAUAUUGUUGCAGUAGCCACCGAUGAUGGAGUUGUAAGUGCUAUGCAUAUUCUACCAAAUCGUUUGCUUGGAUGUGUUGGGUAUCAUAUAGACACAGCAAAUAAUGAUACUAGUGGAGCAGAUUGUAUGACACUUUCUGUUCAUCCAACAGAGAAUAUAAUUGCAUCAACAUGUCCAACUAGUUCUUCAAUCAAAUUUUGGAAUACAUCUAAAUUUAUUGAACAUGCUGAAAAUGAAACUGCAGAACUACGAUUACCAAAAAGUCAACGAAAAUUACCAAGUACAAAGCUUAAAGGCGCGAAAUCACGACGUCUCUGUUUAACUGAUACCAAUGAACGCAUGGAAUAUCUUGAAGGUCUAUUACCAGAAAAACAAAGCAUGUUAUCAUCAAAUGACUCUGAAAAUUCUAUAUCACAUGAUGAUAGUUCUUCAGAUAGUGAAGUGUAGCUUGUAAACGAUAUGCCAACAUCCUUUUUCAAUAUGGUAAACCAUAGAUUGUACAGUUUUUGAACUCUGAUCUGUUUUUUUGUGUUCACAAUACUUUUCUACUCUUCUGAAUGAGGAUCUAUAUCAUCUUUAAAUAUCUGCAUAUCUUCUUUUUGAUAAACCUUGAGCUGCUUUUAAGAAUAUUAAAACAACAUUGCAAAUGAAUAUCUUAGAAGAAAUGUACAUUUGUUAUGAACGUAUUCAUUGUAGAAGUUUGUCUUUCAAUUACUGGUCAUCAGAAUUAAAUUGAAUCAGUUUCUUACGACAAA